AUGCCUAGCAAGGAGGAUAUAUGUGUUGUUCCAGAGACUUUGCCAGCUAAUUUUUUAUCUCCAGACGUAGAGGAGUUAGUUGCUGCCAUUAAACACAAUUUACAGCUCAAAGCCAGGCCUCGCCACAGUAUGUGUUCCAAACAAAGGCGGAUGUCGCCAUAUUCAGCUCCCGUACGGACAUUAUGUAAACAAAGUAUGGGUGACAAAGAAAAUACAUCAGAACAUUCCUGUCAUAGUUGUAAAUAUUGCAUUUUAAGGUCUAAAUCACCAAUAUCAGAUGAUCCUUAUGAAAUGCUACAAGUACUAUUAAGGGAAGGUAGCUUAAUAAAGGAAGCUGUGAAGAGGUUACAGCUGGGCAUAGAAAACGAAAGGUCAAAGAAAACAGAUUUUUAUGAUUUGGAUAUAGACGAAGUGGAUAUAAAUGUAGAAAGUAUUUGA